UUUGCGAUCGAUUUUGGCCGAUUCCAAUCAGAUCUGAAUCGAAAUCGGCAGGGAUCGAUUCCUGUUUAUAAAACCCUGCUCACUCUCAGGGUUUAUGUUGCAAAUAGCAAUGGCGUUUCGCUCGUAAAUUCUUCUCACUCUCUCAUCGAUCGAUCAAUCGCUCUUCGUCUCUUCGAAAUGGAAAAUAUGAAACGGAUGGUGAGCCAAAUAGCUUACACCCAUUGCCGAGAUUUCUCCAACCUUCCCUCCUUACAACGCUCUCUCAUCCCUUUCCUCUCCUUCACAUCAUCUCUCUACCGUUUUCUUCUCUCCAUCCGCCACCAACUCUACCAAUUGGGCUUCUUCCGGAAGCACAGGUUGCCGGUUCCGGUCGUUAGCGUUGGCAAUUUGACCUGGGGUGGCAAUGGGAAGACGCCCAUGGUUGAAUUCAUCUCUCUUUGCUUCGCUCAAGCUGGAAUUUCCCCUCUCAUCCUUACCAGGGGUUAUGGUGGUGGUGAUGAAGCUAAAAUGCUUCAAAGGCAUCUCCUUCAGACCCCAGCAAAGAUUGGUGUUGGUGCUAACAGGGUUCGCACGGCUGCUUGGUUUUUCAAACGUUAUGGUUACACCAAUCCCCGUAGUAGUGGCAGGGCAGUGUUCCCCCAGGAACACAGUACUGCCUAUGGCGAUGAAGUAGACAUGAGCUUCGACUCUGAUAAAAUUGGAGCUGUAAUUCUCGAUGAUGGAAUGCAGCAUUGGAGCUUAGAGCGGGACCUGGAAAUUCUGAUGGUAAAUGGGAUGAUGCCAUGGGGAAAUGGCCAUCUAGUUCCACUGGGACCUCUGAGGGAACCCUUGACAGAAAUUAAUAGAGCAGAUGUUGCUGUUGUCCAUCAUGCUGACAUGGUAUCUGAUAAAGAUCUCAAAGAUCUCGUGUUAAUGAUGCAAGAAAUCAAGGAAAAUCUUCCUAUCUACUUCACCAGAUUGGCUCCUUCACACUUCUUUGAAGUGAAAAACCGCUAUUCCAAACACCCGAUUGAGGUUGUGUGUGGAAUGGUAGUAUUAUGUGUUUCUGCAAUUGGUUUUGCUAAUGCUUUCAUACAAGCGAUAGCAAAGAUGGGACCUUUAUAUGUUGAUCGACUAGACUUCAAUGACCAUCAUUUAUUUGAAGCCAAGGAUACUCUGAUGAUCAGAGAGAGACUUAAAAAACUUCAGGAUGAGUUUGAUACCAAGCCAAUUGUUGUGAUGACAGAGAAGGAUUAUGAUCGGGAUCCAAAGUUUCUAAAAGAGCUGGCUCCUUUUGAAGUUUUGGUACUUUGUUCCCAAUUACAUAUCGUGUCUUCAUUGGUACACACAGAGAAAAACUUCAAGAAACUGUUGAAGCGGCUUUUGGAGACGAACUCUGUGUGAGGUAAACAACUCCCUACCUGCGUUUCCCGGAGUAAUGAGGAUGUACUAGGCAGUCCUGGUAUGAACAGACAGUUAAUAUGGGCCUCUACCAUCACAAAUCAACUCAAAGAAUUCAAUUUGCGGGCAAUACUUAGAAAUUUCAUCUUCGUUAUGUUAACUAAGUCCAACAUUUGGGGGCUAUGCACAGAAUCUUGAAAGGUUAAAGUAAAUACCCCUAGAGUUGAUAAAGUUGAACCAGUGGAGGAAUGAGCUGCUUGAUUGGGUUGCAUGAAACCUUUUCCUUUUGAUUGCAUCAGGAGCAAAGAAAAGCUACAUCCAAUUGUACCAGCUCUAGAAAGAACUGAGAGUUGACUUGUGGAUGCCAAAGAAGAUCUCUUUGUUAGCAGAUGGGUCAUUUUUAUAAUUAAAAAAAAAAAAGUACUCUCUGAGGGUGUCAAGUUAUCUAAUGUCUCAAUUACUCAGGCUCCUUCACCUGUGUGCAAAGAAAUGGAAAUGAUUAUCUGGAAGUUCUUGUGUGAUGGAUGGGAAUUGAAAAGUAAAAUUCAAAUUCAACCAAGUGCUUUGGAAGUAGGUUUGCAAGCAAAGGAGACAAAGUCCAUGAAACGGAAAAACAAGGCCUUUCGAUUUGAUCCGAUCCAAUUUUGUUGUGUGAUGGGUCAUGAGCCCACUUUUGGGAGGUGAAUGGCAUGGAGAGGGAGUUACAUGAAUCAGUGAGGCUGUAGCGAUUGGUUACUCAAAAAAAAAAAAAAAAUGUUGGGUAAACCAAUAUUAUAACAAAGGGAAAAGUCCCUCUUGAGCAAGCAGUGUUUGUUACGCCAAUGCUCUCUCUCUCUCUCCCUCCUGACAUUCUCUUUCCUCUCCACCCCCAUUGACAAACUGUGUUACCUGCUCCCAUUGGCUGGAUUCCCCACCCCUUCGGCUCAGAGAACCCUUUCACCUAUAACAAAAUGAACCAGGCUAGCGUGGAGCCCGUCUUCUAAAGGAAUGUACAUCAUAGAAAUCAAGGAUUGUAUUAAUCUUAAAAGCAGUUACACAGUUGAUUUCUUGAUGUCAGUUCACAGAAGUAAAGAAUUUAGAAAGAUGCCAAAGGCAGUUUAUGGUGAAAUCCUACAGGUGGGAGUUUAUGCCUGGAGGCAUUCUUUUGCAGAUUAUUUAACUCUGGAGCAGUUUAGCGAAGAGACUUCAAGUUAGUCUGCUAGUGCUAUUUUUUCUGCUUGUCACUGGUUCUUGUGAUAUGAAGAGUUCAGCAUUUUAUGGAACUAGUGAACUAUCUCUAAGGUUAUGGUUGUUGUUGUUGUUGAACUGUCUCUGUUACUGUUUGAAAACAGUUCGCAGCAUCUGAAGUGAAGUGCUGGUUUAACAUCAUUUUUGAGUAUUUUGUCAACUCCGAAGGUACAAUCAUGUAUCAGCAAAAGUGUUCCCAUUGAUAGUACCCUGUGGAUUUUUCUUUCAAUUGAGAACCUGAGAACUAGGGGAAGGGAGGAGGAGAGGGGAGCAUUUUAUGAUGACAAGGCUUCAAGCAUCUCUGAAAUAUGUGCAAAUAGAUGUGUAUUUGUGGAUCUUGAGCAAGCAGUUUUAGGGAAGCCAGAUGAGAAUUUUUGGACAUUGACAAGGUCUUGUGAGGAACUGAUUGGUGGUCCAUGCUAGAGACCUAUCUUACAAUGAAAUUUUUGUGUAAAGCUUAUGCCUUCACAAUGAAAUUUGGGCUUAGAAUUGAUUUGAUGUAAAUAUGCUAAACAUCCAAACUUAUUACAGAUUCUC